CCCUUUCAAUUUAUGCGUUUCUUGUCGGCCCGCUGCGGUGCCGAAGCGGUACGUUAGUCGUACAACGUACGGACGAUCCUUUUUUUCAUACAAAUCGCGCGGUGCGGCAACAGUGCGGCGCCAGUACCGAGAACGCUCGACAACAGGACGGCAACGUCGCAAGCAUCACGUGUUCAUUCUAGUGUUGAAUAGUGCGGUGAAUAGACGUCAGAGCUCUUUAUAUCAAAUGUUUAUUUGCAUUUUUGCUAAAAAUGGAUAAUAUAAACGUGGAAGAUUUUAUAAAUGAGAUUGAAAUACGUCCUGCUAUCUGGAACUCCAAAAGUGACAAACACAGCAAUCGCACUGAAACAAAAAAUGCUUGGGAAGGCAUCUGUGAGAAAUUUGUGGAAGAUUUUAAAAAUAAAACUACUGGUGAAAAGAACUCUGCAGCAAUGGUACUUCAAAAAAAAUGGAGGCACAUAAGGGAUUCAUUCUCAAGAGAGUUGAAAAAACAACGAGAGUCAAAAAGUGGAUCUGCAGCAAAAAGACAUCGACAAUAUGUUUAUUUUGAUCGACUGCAAUUUUUGUCGGAACUAUAUGAAACAAAACCAGAUGAAAAAAAUAAACAGACUGGCGAUGGUGCUACUGCGUCGACACCGAAAACUACAACUAAAAGUUCAUCUGCUAACGACACAAAUGAAACUAACACGCUUUUAAAAAUACUCGCAGAAAGAUUACAAAACAAAAAAGAUGCAAGAGAAGAUGUAUCCGAAGAUGGGGAUAGAUAUUUUUUAUUGUCUUUGUUAAACGAUUUUAAAGGAUCCCAGAAAGCCGUAAAAUGGAUGCUAAAUAUGACAUAA